AAGACAAAUAGAGCAUUCACGUAGAUUGACAAUUUCCGAAACCCUGUCAUCUCCUUCUCCUUCUCCUUAGCUCUCUUGUUCACUCAUCAUAGCGGCAAAGGAACGAUCUUCGUGUAGUCUGCAGCUUCACGAACCACGUUGAGGCGACUAAGUCGAAGCUCCUUAGCCGAUCUCUUCUUGGAUUCGCUAAGGACAUUUUUCUAUGACCGGGUGAGCCCUGAUUCAACUACAACUCAAGGCACUUCGCGAAGGGGGAAGGACAAAAGAUUCUUCCUUGUACUUGCUAAUUUGAGGUUAAGGUUUCCGAUCAGAUUUGGCGUUGUCCUCGAAGCUUUCUGAAUUCUCCACAAUCAAUAUCCAUAGGGCAUGGGUUGCUUCUUCUCUUGCUUCCGUGUGUCGGAGGAUGACGAUCGCGCUCAGCUCCCUCAUUCCAUUCCCUAUCAGAAAUCCCCCGAAAUGGAGGAGUUAUCUGGAUAUGAUUACGAAGUGUUUUUGAGCUUCAGAGGACCAGAUACUCGUACCGAUAUUGCUGAUUACCUUUAUGUCAGCAUGAUUGAUGCUGGAAUUCGGGCAUUUAGGGACGAUGAAGAACUCAGCACCGGGGAAGAGAUCGGUGGCCAGCUUCUCCAAGCAAUUCAGCACUCAAAGAUCUCAAUACCAAUCUUUUCUAGAGGAUAUGCUGAUAGUCCAUGGUGCCUUAGGGAGUUGGUCAAGAUGGUGGAGAGCAAGAACACGGGGGGACAAAAGAUCAUGCCCAUUUUCUAUGAUGUUGCACCGUCCGAGGUCAAAUACCAGAAAGAUCACUACAGCAACGCCAUUGUUUCUCACAGGAAGCGGUUCAAUGAUGAGACUAUCAACAACUGGAAGGCUGCUCUUAAAGAGGUCGGAGAACUAAUGGGAUGGGACCUCCAUGGCAAACCAAAUAGAGGCAAAGGUGAAUUCUUGAAAGAAGUUGUCAAUAAAGUUUUGACUGAGUUGAGAACUGCCUACGUGGAAGUGUCCGAUUGCUUUGUCAAAGUAGACAAUGACAAUGAUGUGGAUGAAAUCAUAAGGAUGAUAGGUCCACAGAACAAUGAAACAAAGAUUGUUGGAAUUCACGGUAUUGGUGGCGUGGGAAAGACGACUCUUGCCAUAUUUGUGUACAAUCAACUUUCUAGAGAUUUUGUUGAUAAUUGUUGCAUCCUUUAUGACAUGCGAACACAAAACAUUACAGACUUGCAGAAACAGCUCAUAUAAAAAAUCCUUAAAAUGAAAUCGCUUGAU